CAACAGUCGCCAGCUUGCUUCAAUCAAGAUGGAAAAGAAAAAAUCGAAGACGAAACUGUUACAAAAGUUCGCUGAUAAGUUCAAGAAAAAGAAGAGAUCUAAGUCGAUAUCGAUGUCCAAAGAGAGAGGCUCUGAGUUGAGCAGAAGACCACAAAAAUCUCGUUCCAAUUCAAAGCAAAAAGCUACUGGCCCUACUUCUGCAUUGCCUACCGAUCCAAAAUCUAAAAUCGAUACGACUUUCAUGGAGAUCACUGCAAAAGGAUUCAAGAGCAAAAAAGGGAAGAAAUUGAAAAAGAAGAAAGAGGAAACCAGUGCUUCAAAAUCUCCAUCAACACUUACCCUCGGAAAGGCAGAAAGUCAUAUGGACUUUUCUGGAAAUGUGAAGAACGUGGAAAAGGGUGUCAAAGUGUGGAUUGAGUUGUUGGAAAAAAUGGAUUUUCGAAAGACGAUGGAACCGGAAUUCAAACCGAUUGACACAAUGAAAGCAGAUCUUGAGAAGUGUCAAGCUUUCAAGAAGAAUAUUGAUUUUUCUCAAUCGGAGAAUGUUGAAUUGUACGAUACAAAUCGGGUCAAAGGAGGUGGAGAAGCGGAUUUCUUUUAUCACGGAAGCACUCUGACUAUUCCAUCGGUAACCACAAAGUCUACAAUCCUUGCCCAACUUGCAAUUGUCGACUCACCGCAAUCUCUUGAAUCAUUCUGGAUAAUGGUUGCCUCACAAAAGAUCCAAAGACUCUUCAUUCUUCUUGGCGAAGAAGAACUCGAUAAACCUACUCUGAGCGAGUACUUUCCAGAAGACUUCAAAGAGUUCAAGACGAUUCGUGUGAACAAUCGGAAGACUGUGCCGAAGACUGAAGAGCAAGCAAACACUCAAUUGUACUAUGAAGUUGUGCCAAAGGAUUGUGCAGAAGCUCCAUUUGCAAUGAUUGAGAUUUGCGAUUUUUGGCCUGAUGCGAAGAUUCCAACGAUGGGUUAUAACAGAAUUGCUGCAACUGCUGCAAGCGUGUUUGAAUCUGAUAUUGAUUGUGAUGCUUCUUGUGCUAUUGUGAGCAAUUACGGAGCCGGUAGAGCAGGAUCAUUUUUUGUGGCAGUUUUGGCUAUUGAGAAGUUGCAGGCAGGAGAAGCCCCAAAUAUCAAAGAAAUCGCUCUCUCAGUUCGCUCGCAACGUCCUGCUGCUAUCGAAACAUUGUCUCAAUACAUGUUCACUUAUGUGAUUGCUCUGACUUAUGGACUGAAGCAUGUCAAGGAUCCGGCUCUGAAGAUAAAAACGGAAAAAGUGAUCAGCCAAUUGGAACAGUUUGCGUGUGAAAAGAUGACAGAGGAAGAUAAAGAUGAUACUUGUGAAUGAUCCUAAUUGAUUUGCAGAUAUAGAAUAAAUACAUUUUGAU